GUGAAUAAGACGCUAAUGCAGACAAAUCUAUCGUCGAUUUCAAUUUUCAAAAAAAAAAUUGCAGACAAUUCUUUGGAAUUGAAAAGCAUUUUAAGUGGUCAAACGUUAUCACAACAGUGUUUUUGAUGUUUGUAAAUUUGUCGAACGUAAAUAAAUGCAAUAAAAUGAUGAAAACCGAAAACCAAAGUUCAAGCACUACAAUAUCGGAUGGAAUGUGUAGAUUGUGUACAGUGCAGUGUGAUGACGAAAAUUCAGUUGAAAUAUUCGAUAUUAACGAACAAUCAUUAACUAUACGAAUUAUGGCAUGUGCUGGUCUCGAGGUGACACAACAAGAUGCUCUACCCAAACGAGUAUGUCUCGAAUGUCGUUUAGUUUUGGAGAAAUCAUUUUUGUUUCGAACGAAGUGCAAAAAUUCAGAUUUAAAGCUAAGGCGCCAUUUCCGUCUGAUAAACGCUGGAAAGGUGAGCCAUGUUUUUGAUGAUUCAGAAGAUGAAUUUGAAGAUGAAUACACUGAAUCGAUGAAAGUGAUUGAUGCUUUAGAAAAGAGAUUAGAAGAAAAGCAAAAAACCCAUGAGAUCAUUGAAAAAGAAAUCGAAGAAGAAAAAAAGGAGGAAAUUCAAACAAGUAUUCUCAAACCAUUGCCAAACAAAGGACAUACCAAUGAACAAGAUACGCUUGGUGGCAGUUCGAUGCAAACACGAUCCUCAAAUCGGCUGAAGAAUACAACCGAAACAAAGAGUAUUUUGAUGGAAAAUGGAACGAUUGAAGUCUUAAUGGAAGAAGUGGGCGAUGAUGGAGAAAUCGAGUAUGUGUUUGCCGAUGAAGUUGAUGAACCAUUCCAAUCAACUGAUUCCGAUGAUAUUGAAGAUCCAACGUACGAAAUCGAUCCAUUUACCGCGAAAAAUGAUGAUAUUGAUAUGUCCGAAGAUUCAAUGGACGAUAAGAGCAUGGAUACAGAUUACAAUGAUGCAUCACUUUUGGAAUCAAUAUUACCAACGAUAAAAGAAUCGGUUGCAGCGAAAAAUGGUACAAUAUUGGACGAUAAAACACAGUACAAAAUCAUCAGAACCACUGACAAUGAGAUUAAAGUGCAAUGCAUUUCAUCCGAUGGAAAAGAGUUCGAAAUUGAAAUGAUGUCACAGCCACAUGGUAUUGAACGUGAUGAGUCUGGCGAUUUAAAGAUAUUUUCAUGUUCGAAAUGUCCAAAGACAUUUUCCAGACGUGGCAAAUUAAUUAAUCAUGAACGGGAUCACAAUGCAAAGACAAGUGGACAAGAGUGUCCAUACUGUCAGAAAUGGUUCCCAAGCAACAGUACACUUACUCGUCAUAUUCGUGUGCAUACCGGUGAAAAACCAUUUAAAUGUAAUAUUUGCGAUCGAAAUUUCAUACAAAAGGAGAUCUUAAAGCGACAUCUCAUGACACACAGCGGUGAACGACCAUUUAAAUGUUCGCAUUGCCCAAAGUCAUUUAUUUUAAAAGAGGCACUACGACAACAUAUCAACCGGAAUCACACCGAAAAUCCGGUUUCAGAAUUGCAUAAUUGCCCAUUCUGUCCAAAGUCAUUCUGUCAUUCAUCGGGUUUGAGCCGUCAUUUGCUGAUCCAUGCCGGUCGAACAUUUUCGUGCGAGUAUUGCCAUAAAAAAUUCAACGAUAAAAGCGCUUUGAAACGACACACCACCUCAAUUCACGAAUCGAAAUCCAAAAAAUAAGAUAAUUUUAUAAACAGUUGUAAUAUUACUUCAGCAUUUCUCUCUUUUAACAUUACCAUU